CCUUCCAUCUGCCAGUGUGUUUCCAUCAUGGAGUCCAUGCAAGGGUUCCUGCUCUUCACCUGCCUGUGCACUGGUGUCAUUUUGGGGGCCAUGGACUCCUGCUAUGAUGAGCUGGGCUCACCCAGCCGUUGCAUGCCCCGCUUUGAGAACGCAGCCUUCGGCAGGGCCGUCGAGGCCUCCAACACAUGUGGAUUGCCUCCAGAGGACUACUGCGCUCAAACGGGCUCUGCGCGUUCUUGCCGUCGCUGCGAUGCUGCCAACCCCCUGCUGCAUCACAACGUCACCUACCUGACCGACUUCCACAUUGAUGAGGAACCCACCUGGUGGCAGAGCCAGUCCAUGUUCCAUGGUGUGCAGUACCCCCAGUCUGUCAACCUGACCCUUCGCCUAGGGAAGGCUUUUGAAAUUACAUAUAUCCGGCUCAAGUUCCACACCAGCCGCCCAGAAAGCUUUGCCAUCUAUAAGCGAACCUAUAAGGAGGGGCCCUGGCUCCCCUACCAGUACUACAGCGCCUCCUGCUGGAAGACGUUCGGAAAAGACCCUAAAGGCUUCCUGCAGCCAGGCCAUGACGAAAGGACAGCGCUGUGCACAGAUGAGUUCAGCGACAUCUCCCCUUUGACGGGCGGGAACGUGGCUUUCUCCACACUGGAGGGGAGGCCUAGCGCCUAUAACUUUGACCAGAGCCCAGUCCUUCAGGAGUGGGUGACGGCCACGGACAUCCUCAUCUCGCUGAACAGACUGAACACCUUCGGCGAUGAAUUCUUCAAGGACGCCAACGUCCUUCGGUCCUACUACUAUGCCAUCUCGGAUUUUUCAGUGGGUGGCAGGUGCAAGUGCAAUGGGCACGCAAGUGAAUGUAUGCAGGACCAGCAUGGUGAGCUAGUCUGCGCUUGUCAACACCACACAACCGGUUCCGACUGCCAAGCGUGUCAACCCUUCUACCAAGAUAGGCCAUGGGCGCGUGCUACUGCUGAGUCGGCCAACGAGUGCGUGAUGUGUAACUGCAGUGGUCGGGCAGAUGCGUGUGAGUUCGACUCAGAGCUGUAUCGCAGCACAGGCAGUGGGGGGCACUGUGUGGGAUGCCGGGACCACACCGAUGGGCCACACUGCGAGCGCUGCCUGGAGAACUUCUACCGCAGUUCACCACAAGAUGCCUGCCAGCCUUGCAAUUGCAAUGCACUUGGAUCACUAAGCCUGCAGUGUGCGGAUGAUGGACAGUGUCACUGUAGGCAGACCGUCACAGGGAAGAAGUGCGACAGCUGCAGACCUGGAUUCCACACACUGGGAGCCACCGGCUGCAGGGCAUGUGAGUGCCACACUGCGGGCAGCAUGGGCGUCUGCUCCCCCCUAGACGGACAGUGUCAUUGCAGAGUCAACGUAGAAGGACAUGCCUGCGACAGGUGCAAGCCGGGCUUCUUUAACUUGGCUGCUGACAACCAAAAAGGCUGCGAGAGCUGCUUCUGCUUCGGACAUUCUGUGGCGUGUACCUCUGAUCCCAGAUAUGUGGCAAUCAACAUCACUUCGGAGUUCAUAGAUGACCCUGAUGGAUGGACAGGAGAGUUCCAGGAGGGGCGGAAAUCUCCUCUUAUCUGGAAGGAAGGGGAAGUAUAUCUGCUGCCCCAUGCAGAUGAUGACAUUGGUUUCUACAAAGCACCUCAGAAGUUCCUGGGGAACCAGUUGCAGAGCUAUGGGCGGCCACUAAUAUUUGAGUUUGUAGCUGAGGAUCAUGAGCUUCUGCCGAAACAAGUCACUGUUGUUCUCGAAGGGUCUGGCAUGUCUGUCUCAGCAGAACUUCAAUCUGAGCCAGGACUUUCACGCCCGCACUUCACUGAGCAAUCCUUUUUUCUCAGGCUCCAUGAAGACGAGGACAAACUGAGGCCACCGUUGUCUGCGCCAGAACUCCGGCACCUUUUGUACAACCUCAGUGCACUCAAGAUCAGCAACGCUGGGGGACUUAACUAUACAUCCCAGCUCUCCAGGGUCAGCCUGGUCUCUGCAAGACCCAUGUCCACCCUCUCACUCACUGACUUGCCCUCUGCUCCUUGGGUUGAGCAAUGCACCUGCCCCCUGGGAUUUGAGGGGCAAUUCUGUGAGCGCUGCGCCCCCGGGUACAAGAGGGAGGUCCCGAACGGAGGACCCUUCGCCCGGUGUGUACCCUGUACCUGCAACCAGCACGGAGAAUGCCACCCGGAGACAGGGGAAUGCCAGUGUAGAGACUUCACCACCGGACCCACGUGUGAGCGCUGCUUGGAUGGUUACUAUGGCAACGCCUUGGUGGGCGGCCCUGGAGUUUGCCAGCCUUGUCCCUGUCCGGGGCAGACGGCCUGUGCUCAGGUGCCUCAGACAGGGGAGGUGGUCUGCACCAACUGCCCAGGUGGUCAAAGGGGGAACAGGUGCGAAAUGUGUGAUGACGGCUUCUAUGGAGACCCCCUGGGGAGGCACGGCUUGAUACGACCCUGCACGCCCUGCAACUGCAAUGGCAACGCAGACCCCAAUGCAGUGGGCGUGUGCGACCACCUGAGCGGGCGCUGCCUCAAGUGUCUGUACCAAACUGAGGGGGACCGCUGUGAGCGCUGCCGGCAGGGUUACUACGGCGAUGCCUUGGGCCGCAGCUCGGGCAACAGUUGCAAACCCUGUAGCUGCAGUCCGGAUGGUACCGCUGGUUCCCCAGAAGGCUGCCACCCAUUGACAGGCCAGUGCCAAUGCCUGGGUCAUGUGACCGGGCGGGAUUGUUCAUACUGUGCGGCUGGCUACUUCAACCUCAGGCCAGGCCUCGGGUGCGAGAGGUGUAAGUGUAGCCCCACUGGCUCUUCAUCUACCGCAUGCCACCCAAUCACAGGCCAGUGCGUGUGUCGCCCAGGGGUGCAGGGAGUGUCAUGUGACUCCUGUCGUACAGGUUUCUAUGGACUCUCCACACGUGGCUGCAUAGCAUGUAACUGCGACCCCAUGGGGUCAGUCACCAUGCAGUGCCAUCAGAAUGGGACCUGCCCCUGUCGGGAGGGUUUUACAGGCUACAAGUGUGACAAAUGUGAGCUCAACUACUUCCACAAUCGGGCUACGCACCAGUGUGAGGAGUGUCCCGUGUGCUAUGGGCUCGUCAAGGAUCAGGCAAAAAAGCUGCAGGUGAGGCUGCAGGAUCUGGAGAGGUUUCUGGCACUCUACGACUGCAGAAAGUGGCGCAGUGGUCAUCAUCAGACUCUGCAAGGGGAGGACACCCUGCCCAACACGCUCAUGGAUCUGCUGGCCAUUCAAGAUGCAAAAAAUGCCUUUGUCAAUCAGUUCAUGCAACUGGAAACAUCAGCACAUGUUGUGGGGGCCCAGCUGCACAGGUUUGCCGCUGCGAUGAACUGCAGCCUCACCGACGAGGGAGAAGAGGGGGUGAGGCAGAGCAGGCUGUGCAGGGCUCUCACAGGGCCCGCCAUGGCAAUUGAUGGAGCGCUGGUACAAUUGAGACAGGCCACCGCAACGCUGGAUGGCCUGGUCAUUCCUUUUGAAGUUCAGAAAGGGCCAAACCGGUGGACUGCACUAGUGAAUGAGUCACGUGUCCUGGAAAAGGGUCAUACAGAAGUUGCAGAGUACAUAGAGUUGGUAGCCAAAAGAGCCCUGAUCACAUCAAACCAGACCUAUAGCAUUUUAACAGUUCUCUUAGAGGAUGACUCAACGGAGCAGUUCAUCGGGAACUUGACGCAGCAACUUCUAGAAAUGCGCCAAGCUAAAGAAAACCUGACGGCACAGGUGAAUGUGACGCUGUUGGAGGCCAGGGCUGCCAGUGACUCUACGCAGGCCGAGGCAGCCGAGACAGCAGACGCUCUGUCCAACCUUACCUCUUCCCUGCUGCUGAUGAAGUCUGAGCUCGAGAGAGCCCCGGGCCAGCCAAAGGUAGUAGACCUGGCUAAUAGAACUCAGGAGCUGGACUUGCUGGUCCAGACCAAGGAUGAACUGGUGAGCACAGUGCGUGGAGAGCUUGAGUCUCGUGUAAAGAGCACGAGGGAGCAGGUGAAGACCAUGCAGGAGUAUAACCAGCUGACAGCCCGCGCUGAAGAGGCAAGGGUCGCCGCCCUGUCUGCUGUCAUCCAGGGAAAAGAGACGGAGUCUGAAGCCUUCACCCUUCUGAGAAACUUGGAAGACAUGCAGAAAACAUGGCCCCAAAUAAUGGGCCAGACUCAGGACUCUUCGUCGAAAGAGACAGUGGUGGAGCAAGAGAUCCUAACAGAUGCAAGGAAAAAGACAGCCCAGGCUAAGAAGUCACUUGCACCAGUGCUUGACAACUCUACGCUCUCCAACUCCACAGCUGCUGAUGCAGAGCAGGCUGCCAGUGUUGUUUCCCAGGCGGCAAAGGGCAUCCUCUCACAGGUGAAGAAGGCAAAGAGCACGUCCGUGAGGCUGAGCUCUUCCAUCGACGCAGCUGUCCGGCAGCUGGAGGAGCAGGAGCACAGAGCCGCACAGAUGCGCACAGAGGACACUGCCACUGACAUGGAAGAUUCUGUCGGCAGCAUGAGGGAGACCAUCGAAGGGGCGAAAGUCCAGCUGGAGUCUUAUGCAAAAAUGCUUUCCGAUCUGCUGGGGAAAAUCGAAGAGAAUGACGCUGUUGAGAGGUUCCAGCUCAUCCUCAAUGAGACGGCGACUCGCCUGGGGAUCCUGCGGCAUAACAUGGACAGCCCGGCACUGGGUCGGAAGCUGCAGGCGCUGCGAGACGCCGCCCGGGACCAGCAGGCCGAGCUUGAGCGCGUGGAGCAGAGCAUUCUGGAAGUCUCCAAGGAGAAGCACAGCCUGCAGGACAUUGUCCGCCACCUCCCGCAGGGGUGCACCCAGCCAUCGAAGGCUGGCAAGCUGUGAGCCCCUCCGCUUUUUAGGACACCACCCCCC